AUGCCGCAGAAGGGCAAAUCCAAUAAUGCCAAGGCGCAAAGCCACACCAAGCACCUGCGCCAUCUAUUCUUGUCUCUUGUCUCUCCGAGUCCCGAUUUACCUGAGACGGCGCCCGCCACAAUCGAACUUCUCCCGGACAAGUUCGAGUUCAUCAAAUAUGAGACCUCGUCUCACACCUCCCCCCACAAAGCAGGCAACCAGAUGUUCAUGGUCAUGGUCACCAACAUCUGA